GCUAUCUCCAUUAUAUUUAAGAGCUGCUGACUCCAAAUUAGGGUUUUACGCCACUGAGAGUUCGUCACAGAGAAGAAAACAGCGAAAAUGCCGGCGGCGAAGCAGAGGACCCCGAAAGUAAGCCGAAACCCUGAUCUCAUCAGGGGGGUUGGCAAAUACUCUCGGUCGCAAAUGUACCACAAGAGGGGUUUGUGGGCAAUUAAGGCCAAAAACGGCGGCGUUUUCCCCCGUCACGACGCUAAGUCCAAGGUCGAAGCUCCAGUUGAGAAGCCGGCCAAGUUUUAUCCUGCCGAAGACGUUAAGAAACCGUUAGCCAACAGGCGCAAGCCAAAGCCCACCAAGCUAAAAUCCAGCAUCACUCCAGGAACUGUGUUGAUCAUUCUUGCGGGUAGAUUCAAGGGAAAGAGAGUUGUCUUUCUCAAGCAACUUCCUUCUGGUUUGCUUCUGGUAACAGGACCAUUCAAGAUCAAUGGUGUUCCAUUGAGGCGUGUGAACCAGUCGUAUGUGAUUGGAACAUCCACAAAGGUUGACAUCUCUGGAGUCAACGUUGAGAAAUUCGAUGACAAGUAUUUUGGCAAGGUUGCUGAGAAGAAGAAGAAGAAAGGAGAAGGCGAGUUCUUCGAAGCAGAGAAAGAGGAGAAGAAAGAGAUUCCACAAGAGAAGAAGGAAGACCAGAAAACCGUUGACACAGCUCUUAUCAAAUCCAUUGAAGCAGUGCCAGAGCUCAAGACUUACCUCGGCGCCAGGUUCUCAUUGAAACAAGGAAUGAAACCCCAUGAGCUUGUUUUCUAGAUUUCUUAUCGUUUUGUUUCCCUCAAACUUCAAGAGUAUCUGUUUUUCCCUGAGUUUUUGUCCUCCUUUUAUUAAUCGUCCCCUGGAUCUCUUAAAAAGACACUAUUUUCUCUGAUUUAUAUAUCAAUGGUCGAUCAAUCAUCAA